AUGGUGGCUCUUCGGUUCUUGGCAUUCGUUUCUUAUUGCUCUCUGGCCCUUUCGGCCUUGACCUAUCGAGGUGUCGAUUGGUCUUCCCUGCUCCUCGAGGAAGCCAAGGGAAUCAAGUACACCAACGGCGGCUCAUCGCAGUCCCUCGAAAAGAUCCUGGUUGCCAACGGCGUCAACUCAGUCCGACAGCGCGUCUGGGUGAACCCAUCCAACGGCGAUUACAACCUCGACUACAACCUCAAGCUUGCCAAGCGUGCCAAGGCUGCUGGCUUGAGUGUUUACCUUACACUGCAUUUCAGCGACACCUGGGCUGAUCCGGCUAACCAAAAGAUUCCUUCUGGUUGGCCGACUGGUAUUGAUGACCUUUCUUGGAGACUUUACAACUACACACUCCAAGUCUCCAACGCCUUUCAAUCUGCUGGCGUCGCGCCCUCUAUUAUCUCCAUCGGCAAUGAGAUCACUGCUGGUCUUCUCUUCCCUACUGGUUCGACCAAGUCAUUUUACAACAUCGGCCGACUUCUCAACUCCGCAGCCUUCGGUAUCAAGGAUUCUUCCCUCAACCCCAAGCCCAAGAUCAUGAUCCACCUCGACAAGGGUUGGGACUGGGGUACUCAAGAGUACUUUUACACCAACGUCCUCAACGCUGGAGCCCUCAAGCUUUCCGACUUUGACAUGAUGGGCGUCUCUUACUAUCCUUUCUACGGAGCUGGUGCUACCUUCUCGGCUCUUGAGACGUCGUUGAAGAACAUGGCCAGCAAAUGGGGCAAGGAAAUCGUUGUCAGCGAGCUCAACUGGCCUACCUCUUGCCCUUCGCCUGCGCAGGCUUUCCCUAGCGACAUGCGCAACAUUCCGUUUUCCGCCGCUGGCCAGACUCAAUUUAUUGAAAAGGUGGCUAGUAUUGUGAGCAAGGUUAACCGUGGAAGGGGACUGUACUACUGGGAGCCAGCUUGGAUGAACAACCAGGCCCUCGGGUCGUCUUGUAACUCGAACACUCUGUUUUCGUGGCCUGGCGCAGCACUUUCUAGUCUUUCCGUGUUUAAGAAGAUUUAA